AUGGGGGGUCUCUGGCCUUCGGUGCUGGGUCUGCUCUGUUUGCCAGGUUUGAUCCUAGGAGCGCCCGCAGCCUCCAGCUGUACAGAAGUCUGUGGGAGCAGCUUCUCGGAAGACCUGACCCCUGAGGAGACCCAGACAUCUUGGGACAAGGACAUCCCUGCGAUUAACCAAGGGCUCAUUCCUGAGGAAACACCAGAGAACAGCUUCCUCCUUGAGGGGGACAUCCUCCGGCCGAGUCCCUUCCACCUGUUGUCGGCCACAAACAACAAGUGGCCCAAAAACGGGGGUGUGGUGGAGGUACCCUUCCUGCUGUCCAGCAAGUACGAUGAGCCCAGCCGGAAGGUCAUCCUGCAGGCGUUUGCCGAGUUUGAACGCUUCACAUGCGUCAGGUUUGUUGCCUACAAUGGCCAGAGAGACUUCAUCUCCAUCGUGCCCAUGUCCGGGUGCUUCUCCAGCGUGGGGCGCAGUGGAGGGAUGCAGGUGGUGUCCCUGGCUCCCACCUGUCUCCAGAGGGGCUCGGGCAUUGUCCUGCAUGAGCUCAUGCAUGUGCUGGGCUUCUGGCAUGAACAUUCACGAGCUGACCGGGACCGUUAUAUUCGUGUCAACUGGAAUGAGAUCCUCCCAGGCUUUGAGAUCAACUUCAUCAAAUCUCGGAGCAGCAACAUGCUGGUGCCCUAUGACUACACCUCCGUGAUGCACUACGGGAGGCUUGCCUUCAGCCGGCGCGGGCUGCCCACCAUCACGCCACUCUGGGACCCCAGUGUCCACAUUGGCCAGCGAUGGAAUCUGAGCACCUCAGACAUCACACGGGUCCUCCGGCUUUAUGACUGCAGCCCGAGUGGCCCUAGUCCCCGUGGGAGAGGGUUCCAGGUGCAUGGUGAUGGUGGGAGCCCCACUCCUGCCUCUGGACCACACCUGCAGCGGCUUCUGGAGGCAUUGUUGGCAGAGUCCAGGAGCCCCAACCCCAGUGACUCCAGGGCUGGCGAGGGCCCGCUGGCGUGGGAGGCCCCCGCCUCGCAGAAGUUUGGUGUGGAGGCCUCUGCUUCCUCCACAGGCUCAGGGGCUAAGGCAGGCACUCCUGGUGUUGCCCUGGAGUCGUCCCGGCAGGCCCAAGUGCCCACUGUACCCCUAGUGCUGUCGCCAGAAGCAGAAGAGCAGCCUGCAUCUAUCCAGGCUGCUUUGGGGAACCCAGCUCUGGGUCACUUCAAGGAUAUACCCAGAGGUCAAGCCUGUAGCUUCUGUGCCUAA